CAGGAGGCACCGGGACAAAUGAAAGAGUCAAUGACAUCUCCGAGGGCACUUCCAAAUCUCUUCCUAUCGGUCAAAAUCUGUCAAACUGAGAGUCCAAGUUUGCACGCCUCGCCGCCGCGCUCACCUCCCGCUGUGCUCCUAGCCGCCCUGCUCGACGGCCGCCUCCUACGUGCUCCUCGUAGCCGAGCUCACCGGUCGCCUCCCGCCGUGCGUCUCGCCGCCGCGCACGCCUCCUGCUCUUCUCCCCAUUCACGGGUGCCGGCUUGCCCGAACACUGCCGCGCGCUCCCCACUUCGCCAGGGCCUGCGUCGGCCGGGCCACCGACACCGAGGAUCCCGGCUCGCGCCCUGCAUCGACUGGGCCACCGAGAAGCUCGACCAGGACUCCGCCCAUGAGCUCCACCCCAACUCCCGCUGUGCCUACUGCAUCAACAAGAGGAGCAAUUUUGUGAAGCCUGCUGUUCAGAAGUAAAUGUUUUGAAAGCUUGGUGUUUCUGAAGCUUGCUGUUCAGAGAGAAAUACAAGUUUUUGCUGGCCAAAUUGAAGGAAUAAAGAACAAACUGGUCUUCUGUGCUACAAAGCAAUCAAGUAAGCAUUCCAUGUCUUUUGAACAAUUCCGUGACUGGAUGUACAAUGGUUGGGAUGAAAGUGGAAGGCAUUCUCAGGAAUGGAUUAGAAACACCAAUGAAUUUGUGAAUCAUGCUUUUGAUGGGGUUCGUAGUGCCAAGUAUGGAAUUCGCUGUACUUGUGCAAAAUGUUGCAAUGAUAUUAGAAGAACAAAAACUUUGAUGACCUCUCACCUCUGCCAAUGGGGUUUUAUGCCCAACUAUUAUAGAUGGACAUCUCAUGGGGAGCAACCUAGAAGUGAACCUUUAAAUCACAAUACAGACCCUGCCAACACUUUAGAGGAAAUGUUGUGUGACUUUGGGGAUUCUAUGCAUGUUGAUAAUGAUGAUAAUGUAGAAGCCGAGCCUACACCUGAUGCCAAAGCCUUUUAUGCAAUGUUAGCUGCUGUUCAAGACCCCCUGCAUAAUGUAACAAAAGUAUCACGCUUUAGAGCAGUAACAGAACUGAUGGGCAUCAGGUCAGUCUUCAACCUUUCAGGAGAAUGCAUCAAUAGAAUACUAAACCUAGUAGGGGGCAUUCUGCCUGAGGGUCACACAUUGCCAUCUUCUUUGUAUGAUUGCAAGUCUUUGUUAAGUGGUCUGAAAAUGCCGUAUAUUAAAAUAGAUGCAUGCAUUAACCAUUGUAUGUUAUACUACAAAGAAGAUGAGAAAAAGGUAGUGUGUGAUUUCUGUAAGGAACCAAGGUAUAUAGAAGUUCCAUCUGAUGUCACUCAAAGGAAGCGUAAACCAAUCCCAAGGGUUGUCUUUCGUUACCUUCCAUUGAUUCCAAGAUUGCAAAGAUUGUUCAUGGAGCCAGAAAUUGCAAAGCAUAUGAGGUGGCACAUGGAAGGCAUGAGGGAAAAUGCUAACAUCAUGGUUCACCCAGCGGAUAGUGAAUCAUGGAAAGGUUUAAAUGAGGAUGGAUUUGCAGACGAUCCUAGGAAUAUGAGGUUGGUAAUGUGUACAGAUGGCUUCAAUCCAUUUAGUUUCGGGGCAACAACAUACUCUUGCUGGCCUGUAUUUGUUGCUCCUCUUAACUUACCCCCCGGUCUAAAACGGAAAACAUAUUUCUUAGCAUGGUGAUCCCUGGACCAAAGGGUCCUGGCAAAAACUUCAAUGUGUACAUGCAACCUCUAGUUGAUGAGAUGAAAGAGGCGCAGAGGGGGGUACAAACCUGGGAUAGUUUUCGCAAGGAAAAUUUCAAUAUGAUGCUACCACAUGAUUGUCGUCUUAUUUUCAGGAGCACAAUGCCAGCUCAAAUUUUUCUGCCGACGAGCCUGCGCAUGCUGCAGAUCAAGAUGCGUUUGGAGGUUUCUUCAAUGAGAUUGCAACAGGCGCAAUUACGUUCUCAUCGUUACUCAUGAGUAGCCAUAGCAACUGAAUAGGUCUUGCUUAUGUAGUUUUUUGGAGUAGCAAAAUCUAGCUACUUACUGAUAUGUGACAAUAGUUGAUAUGGGACAAUAGUAGACAUAUCGUGUCAUAUUUUUUGGCCAAGCUAACUCUAGCAUGCAUGUACUGAUCUCAUGUACUGAUCUGUCACGGCUGUAAUCUGAUCAGACAUGUUAUUUGAACGAAGACUGAGAAUGAGUGAAUAUAAUGUCUCCUGUGAAGUUUCUGUUGGUUA